UCAUGUCACUUGUAAGUAGUAAUUUGUGUGUGAAGUUUUGAGUUACACAGAUGUAAUUGUCAAACUUAGUAGUAUUUAGAGAAAGUUUUUAAAGAUAUACUUUGUAAGUUUGUUUCAAAACUAAGAAAGUUUAUUUUUCAUUUAUGAAAUAAUUCCUAAAUACACCCAAAAAACAUUUUCAAGGUUUUGUGACUUUUAAAUCAUAAGUGGAUAUGGAAAUUAUCACAAAAUUUCACUAUAAUUGAGGAUAUAAGAAAUUAUCUCUGAUAUUCUUCAUUAGAUUUUAUGAAGAAAGUGUUAUCAGUUAAGGAGAACCUCUACGGAUCCAGCAAAAGAAACGCAAGAAGCAUUGAACGUCGCGUAUUCGGGCGUAGGGGAAGAGCGCUCGUGGCUGCGGUGAUGCGGCGAUGGCAUCGCGGCGCGUGACGCGCAAGUGGGAGGUGUUCGCGGGCCGCAACCGCUUCUGGUGCGACGGGCGGCUGAUGACGGCGCCGCACCCGGGCGUGUUCCUGCUCACGCUGGCGCUCAUCUGCGGCACGUGCGCGCUGCACUUCGCCUUCGACUGCCCGUUCCUGGCGGCGCGCGUGUCGGCCGCCGUGCCGGCCGCGGGCGCCGCGCUGUGCGCCAGCACGCUGGCCGCGCUGCUGCGCACGGCGCUGUCCGACCCGGGCAUCAUCCCGCGCGCCGCGGCGGCCGAGGCGGCGGCCGGCGCGCCCGACGCGCCCGAGCCGCCCGGCGCCGCGCGCCCGCCGCCGCGCGCGCGCGAGGUGCUCGUGCGCGGCCGCCCCGUCAAGCUCAAGUACUGCUUCACGUGCAAGAUGUUCCGCCCGCCGCGCGCCUCGCACUGUUCGCUGUGCGACAACUGCGUCGACCGCUUCGACCACCACUGCCCGUGGGUGGGCAACUGCGUGGGCAAGCGCAACUACCGCUACUUCUACGCGUUCGUCGUGUCGCUGUCGUUCCUGGCCGUGUGGGUGUUCGCGUGCGCGGUGGCGCACCUGGCGCUGCUGGCGCGCGGCGCCGGGCUGGCGGCGGCGUUGCGCGCGAGCCCCGCCUCGGCGCUCGUGGCCGCCGUGUGCUUCCUGUCCGUGUGGUCCGUGCUGGGGCUGGCCGGCUUCCACACGUACCUGGCGUCGACGGACCAGACGACGAACGAGGACAUCAAGGGCUCGUUCUCGUCGCGGCGCGGCGUGGCCAACCCCAACCCGUACUCGCGCGGCAACGCGUGCGCCAACUGCUGGUACGUGCUGUGUGGCCCGCUCGCACCCAGCCUCAUCGACCGACGAGGCGUAGUUUCCGGUGACGGUCGCGAUGAACUACCGCCGAGCUUCGCUGGGGCGCUGUCCGCGCAGGCAUUGGGCGCGGCCCCGCCCGGCGCGGCCCCGCCCGGCAACGCGCGGCACGCCUACAUGAACUGCUCGCUCGAUCUCGACCCCGUGCCCCUGCAAGGUUCCGGCGCGGGGCCGGGCGGCGCGGCGGUGGCGGGCGGCGGCGCGCUGAGCGCCUCGCGCCUGCGCCUGCUGCACGACACCACCAUGAUCGACGCCGCGCUCGACCUGGACGAGCCCGACCCGCCGCCGCACCUGCCGCACCAGCCGCACCAGCCGCACCCGCAGCACCAGCCGCACCACCAGCAAGCGCCGCACCAUCAGCGCGCGCCCCACGUCGCGUUGGCGCUGUGACCCUUUGCCCCGCGAACACUUCGCAUUGUAAAUAAACUUCUUUUAGGCCCCAAUAAACCGAUAACGACA